AUGAAGAUGCUUGUUGUCAGAUGGACGUUGUACAUAUGUCUCACAAUUGCCCUGUUUGGACCUGGCAUUGUGACGCUGCUCAAUGCGCCGGAUGAUCCGACCGUGCUGAUCCUGGACGUGGUCAUGUGCUUUAUUGCUUUUGCAUUUGCCAUGGAGAUGGUGGGCUUGCUCCUGACGGACGAGAUGUACAGAUUCAGCUUCUUUUUCUGGAUGGACCUCUUGGGUACCCUUUCGAUGGCCUUUGAGAUCUCCUUCCUACUUGGCCAAUACCUGAACUCAAACACAGUCGUGCUCAGAACGGCCAGAACUGCGAAACUGGGUGCAAGGAUUGGACGGCUCAUCAAACUUGUGAAAUGUGUGAGCAUGUUCUACAGAUCAGCUGCGAAGACAAAUCGGGUAGAAGCCAAAGUGCUGGCCAGCAAACUGGUCGUCCUGUUGUCGACGCGGGUCUCUGUCAUUGUCAUCGUGAUGGUCAUGGUUGUGCCUCUUUCUGCGUACCCGCUGUACCCUACGGAAGAUAUGUCCAUAACUCUUUGGCCACAGCAAUUGGAGGAGAGCUACCUCCGCCAGCAGCGUGAUGGACUAAAUGGUGCUCUGCAGGAAGCCAUUGACCAAAUGGUCCAGUUUUAUGCGCCUGUCAACUACAGCCCCUUCCUCGUCCAAGGUUUUGGGGAUGAACAAGUCCUUGCUGACAGGCCCUCGAGGGCAAGGAAUUCCUUGACCGUCAACCUAGAGAGCUGCAAAGUUCAACGCCCAGAGGGUUGCAAUGUGGCUGUCGUCUUUGAUUUCACAGGCCCCCACCAGAUGGAUGCAUUGGUGGAGGUUUGCACGAUUUUUUUUAUAGUCCUUUUGAUGGCAGUCACAAGUUUCGACCUGCAGAACGUCGUGGACAGGAAGCUAGUCAAGCCUCUGGAGGGCAUGCUGCAUCAUGUCCGAGAAAAUGCUGCCCACAUCUUUGAUCGCUUCGCCAAGCAGACGGAAGGCACGCAAGAUGCAGAGUUGGACGAGGAAGUGCAAGACCAGCCGGGAGGAGGGUCUGAAAUAGAGCUGAUCCAAGCAAUUCUCGAGAAGCUGGCACGGUUGGCCAGCCUAGCCGAGAGUUCCAUGAAGGCAUAUACACCGGCAGAGCUCGAUGCAAUGAAUGCCGAAAACAAGGCCGUGCUGAUCGACAUGUUGAACGUGCAAGUUCUCCAGUCCAGCGCUCAGAACCGGCUAGGUGGCAAGCGGACGACGAAGGUCGAUGUCCACGCAACUUGGACACAGAACUGGAACCUUGACGUCCUGGAGUCGACGCUCGAAGAGAUUGAUGGAUACGUGCACUACAUCUUCUUCUUGUCGCAGUUCGGCCUUGCUGCACAAUACACACAGGAGGAUAGUUUCCUCAUGUUUGCACAGACGGUGCAAGCCAAUUACAAGGAUGUGCCGUAUCAUUGCUACCGGCAUGCGGUGGAUGUGUGCUUCACGGUUUUCCGCCUGCAGCAAAUAACCCAAGCUGGAAAAUGGACGAGCGAGCUGGAGCAGUACGCUUUGCUCGUGGCUGCACUCAGCCACGAUUUGGGGCAUUUCGGCAGAACAAACCAGUUCCUAGUCGAAACGAAGCAUGAGCUCGCCCUGCGGUACAAUGACAAGUCUCCACUGGAGAACAUGCACUGCGCAGCCCUUUUUCAGCUGUGUCGGGACCCAGAGAAAGAUGUGUUCGCACUUGCCUCCAACGAGGAGCAGAAGGAGGCGCGGAAAGUGUGCAUCGCCACCAUCCUGCACACUGACAACGUGCACCAUUUCGAUAUGGUCAAGGACAUUAGCGCAGUUUACGAGAUGGAGUCAGAAACUUGUGACACGCAGGCAGGCCACCCUGAGGCCUUCACGCCCGCCUACACUGAAAACGUCUUAAGCGGGAAGAACAAGCUCAUGUGGCUGCAGCUGUUCUUGCACUUCGCUGACGUCUCCAAUCCCUUGAAGCCUUUUCACAUUUGUCGUGCUUGGGCGUGGCGCGUUCUGGAUGAGUUCUUUGAGCAGGGCGAUGAGGAGAGGAAGCUGGGAAUCCCUGUCGGGAUGUUGAACGACCGGGAGAAGGUGAAUCGGCCCGGCUCGCAACAUGGGUUCAUCAACUUUCUGGUGGCACCUUUCGUGGCAGCGAGCGCCAGAGUCUUUCCAGUCCUCCACCCUCUACACACACAGAUGGUGAAGAAUGUGGAGGAGUGGCGCAACCUCUGGAUAAAGGAUGCAAAGCCAGGUGAGGAAGAUAUUGCCAAGAAGGAUGCCGACGUUGGAAGCACAGUUGCGUUUUGCUUCAGAUGA